GUUAAAAUCUGAAUGUACGUGCACGACAAGUUUCUUUUGCAUUUCACAUAAUAUGAAUGUAAAAAAUGUCGGAAAUCAAUAAAUGUAACCUGAAACACAAUAUCGUGUUGUUUUAUGUUAUCAAAACUUUCUCUCUUGAGAUCUGUAACAAGUGUUUAUUCAUUAACUCCUGCAAUUAAAAAAAUUCAAAACUACUCCACAAUGUCGAAGUUUGAUAUGCCGGAUCGCUACAGAGGAAACGAUAAAUCUGUCUGGGUUGAAUACAUUCAGCUAGCUUUAAAAUAUAAACCUUUGAAUCUUGGUCAAGGUUUUCCGGAUUUUUAUGCACCUGAGAACGUUACGAAGGCUUUGGCAGCUACAACGACCAGCGAAAAUCCAUUAUUGAAUCAGUACACCAGAGGAUUUGGUCAUCCACGUCUUGUAAAUGCAGUCGCAAAAUUAUACUCUAAGAUUCUGAAAAGAGAUUUAGAUCCCAAUAAUGAGGUUCUUAUAACGGCGGGAGCUUAUGAAGCUCUUUAUGAUACUAUCAUGGGCCACACAAAUCCUGGAGAUGAAUGGAUCAUCAUAGAACCUUUCUUCGAUUGCUAUGUCCCAAUGGUCAGAAUAGCGGGUGGGGUUCCACGUUUCAUACCUUUAAAGCAAAAAAAAACCAGUGGAAUUAUUAGUUCAGCGGAUUGGGUGUUUGAUAAAAGAGCAAUGGAACGCCUCUUUAAUGAAAAGACUAAAGGGAUCAUAAUUAAUACACCUCAUAAUCCAGUCGGAAAGGUUUUUACGCUUGAUGAGUUGCAAUUUAUUGCUGAUUUAGCAAAGAAGUGGAAUGUACUUGUGGUUUCGGAUGAAGUUUACGAGUGGAUUGUUUAUGAACCCUACCAACACAUCAGAAUAGCAAGUUUGCCAGGUAUGUACGAACGAACAAUUACUAUCGGUUCGGCCGGAAAAACAUUUAGUGUGACUGGAUGGAAAAUUGGAUGGGCUUAUGGUCCAGCAAAUUUACUCCGCAACUUGCAAGUCGUUCAUCAAAGUAUGGUCUACACGUGCAGUACUCCUAUUCAAGAAGCCGUGGCAAUUGGAUUUGAAGAAGAGUCCGCUCGUUUCGGACAACCCGAUUGUUAUUUUGUUAGUCUCGCAAAGGAGUUGUUACCAAAACGAGACUAUAUGGCGAAAUUUCUCACAGAUGUGGGUAUGUCACCCACAAUUCCAGAAGGUGGCUAUUUCAUGAUGGCAAAUUGGUCAGGUUUAGAAAAUAAAGUUAAACUUGAGGAAGAGCAAGAUGCCAACAAAGACUAUCGAUUCACUAAGUGGAUGACGAAAAACGUAGGUGUUCAGGGAAUUCCACCUUCCGCUUUUUACAGCGAAGAACACAAACAUUUGGGAGAGGACAAUGUACGAUACUGUUUUAUAAAGAAAGACGAAAAUUUGCAGAAGGCCUCUGAGAUUCUGAUGAAGUGGAAAUCUUGUGAAUAAAGUAGACUAGAGACUGUGUGAGACUAGAGAAUAUGUAUGAAGUAGUAGACUUUCAAAACCAAUUUUACUGAUGUGUGAUCGGUUAUAAAUAAUUAUUAUUUCUUAAGUGUGAUGUGUGUCAUGGAAUCUUUUCAGCCAUAUUGAAUUGAUGGACUUACAAAAAUAUUAAACUCACAUAAUAAUAUAUUGUAGGACCAAGUGACGGGUUUUUGUAUGGAAAAAUGUGAAUUGUUACACUUACAUUCUUUUAUCAUAGAUUCUACAUUUCUCAGAUUUUUAUAUUUGUUAUAUGAAAUGAUAAAAAAUUUACAAUUUUGCAGUCAGUGUCUUUUGAUGAUCUUAAGUAGAAUAAUUGGUAUCUUCAUGGUGAGAAAGUAUAUUUUAUAGUAUUUGGGAGUAUUUUUCUGCGUGGCAUGAAGCCUUGAAAAAAGCAUCUUAUUAGUUUCAUUCAACAAAAAAUAGUCAAAAGAUAGAAAUGUGUGCUUUUUGUUAAACUAUCCUUUUAUAUUUCCAAAUACAUCGUCGACAUUUUGUUAAUUUUUAA